GAAACUCGUCCUUUCUUAGUUGUAUAGCUCUGUGGCAAGAUGAGUAAGGUGUCGAGAGAUUUGCUGUACGAGGCCGUCAAGGAGGUCCAGAAUGGCUCCAAGGAGAAGAAGAGGAAGUUUCUGGAGACGAUCGAGCUUCAGGUCAACCUCAAGAACUACGACCCCCAGAAGGAUAAGCGUUUCUCCGGAACCGUCAAAUUGAGGCACAUCCCUCGCCCCAAGUUCUCCAUGUGCAUCCUUGGAGAUCAGCAGCAUCUUGAUGAGGCCAAGGCCAAUGGCAUCCCCUGCAUGGACAUGGAGGCCCUCAAGAAGCUGAACAAGAACAAGAAGCUUGUCAAGAAGCUAGCCAAGAGGUACGACGCCUUCCUUGCCUCCGACUCCCUCAUCAAGCAGAUCCCACGUAUCCUGGGACCUGGUCUUAACAAGGCAGGCAAGUUCCCCACCCUCCUGACCCACACAGACUCCAUGGUGUCAAAGGUCGAAGAGGUCAAGGCUACCAUCAAGUUCCAGAUGAAGAAGGUUCUGUGCUUGGCCGUUGCCGUCGGACAUGUGGAAAUGGACGAGGAGGAUCUGGUAUCCAACAUCAACCUGGCCAUCAACUUCCUGGUGUCUCUGCUGAAGAAGAACUGGCAGAACGUACGUUCCCUCUACAUCAAGAGCACCAUGGGAAAACCACAGCGUCUCUACUAAACACACAACACCA